CGGGCCUGGUAUUCGCGAGGAUUACUAAGACGAAAAGACAGUGCUGUAGCUCCGUAUAAGGUACGGUAAUUCCUUCCACACAAACAAAGUGUUGUACCUGCAGCCUGCAGCCAGCUCGGUAAGGUACGAAGUACUUAGCUCUGGACGGAAGAUGCUCGAAAGAAGCUCGAAAGAAGCUCCUCCCACUUCUCAACUUCAACUUACCACGUCCUUACCCGUGGUCAACAUCUCACCAUGAUUCCCCUCUCACGCCCCAUCCAGCCACUACAUCUCUAUCGACAUCUCCUCCGCGAAGCUUCCUAUUUCCCCCAGAUCUGCCGACCCUAUCUCGUCGCCCGCAUACGAGAACGCUUUCGUGCCACGCGAGACAAACUUAGCAAAGUCGAGGCCCUCGGCCGAAGAAGAAAGGACAACUCGGAAUCUCUCCAGGAACUUACACGCAAAUCCAACCACAUCUCAAGCAGGGCAAUAUGGCAAGGCAAUCGCCACCUCAAGGGUCUCCGUGCCAGCAACCUGGGUGACGUCGCCCGGCUGCGACGCACCCUCCGCCACGCCUUUGGCCGCCUAGGCAAACGUCGUCGGGAACUGCUCGCCACGUUCGUCCAGCAUGAUGCCCCCGCUGAUUCAACCGCUCUCGAAGCCCGAUUGGAUGAGCUUGACGGUCUUGUCGAAGGGAAAGGCAAGGGGAAAGGAGAGGGAGGGGAUGCCAAAUCGAAGCCCCUGGGACCCGGUACGGACGAAAAGGGUCGCCCGUUGCCUCCUCGCCUCCAAGACAAAUGGGACACCCCUAAACUCCUCGCCUAUGUCAAAUCUCAGAUCCGACACCACGACGUUGCCUCGCCUGCCGCUUGGUCUCGAUCUCACUUCACCAACUCCAAUCCCGCCACCGGAACCAACGAGGAGAACAUCUGGGGGAAGCCUCUGCCCAUGAAGAGACGCCGCCUCCGGAUAGAAAACUGGUGGAAAAACGCGGCGAACAAGAUCAUGCCCCCCGUGAGCAAGACCGAGUGGGAGACCCUGGCAGCCGCCAGUCGCGGAGACCUCCCGUCCGACCAGUGGAGGGUCCGGCCGCGUCGACCCGUGGCCCAACAAUCGCAACCACUCGCUGCUGGAGGAGGCGAAACGGAAACAACACGCCAAGGAGAAAAAGAACACACAGCCCGGGACUGGGCGGCCUACGCCACGACGCCGGUAUGGCUCCUCGAGAGGCCCAAAAAGAAGUCCUACUGGCGCCUCACCCUGGAAAAGGAUGACGGUCCCUGGUCGCAGCAAGAGAACCAACGCUCCCGACCGCCGACGGGUCGCAAUAUGCGCCGCGAAUACGUGCACCUCUGGCAAUCGACCGCCUUUGUGGAACAGAACCCGGCCACCCAGGCCAAGAAAUUCCACUGGGGCAAUCCGACCCGCGUCUUCCCUGCCCCGUCGAGCCGAUCUUGGUUCUUCGAGACGAGCGAGGAGAGUGUUGUGCAGGCGCCAGCGCGUCCCGGCCGCGACAGGGCGAGAAAGUCUCAGAAUCCGAAACAACAAGAUCCGCCCACGACGCCUGUCUAGAAUAUAGUAUUCAGUACGCAUGAACACCGCUCGAAUUUUCGACUUUCUUUUUUCGCCUUGCCUACUCCAACCCCGCCAACCGCGGCAAUGCGUCGCCAUCAACCCGCAUCCCGACCCAAUCGUCCAUCGACUUGGCACCGAUACUCCCGUAAAACCGGAUGCUGGGCUCGUUCCACUUCAACACAACCCACUCGAGCCUGCCCCCGCCCGACGUUACCGUCUCCUUGGCCAACUCGGACAGCAAACGCUUGCCGUAGCCCUUCUUGCGCUCGGAGGGCCGCACGAACAGGUCCUCGAGAUAGAUGCCGUGCCGGGCCCGCCAGGUGCUGUAGUUGUAAAAAUACAGCGCCAUGCCGGCCGGG